UAUAUUUAAAAUUUAUUUACAGUUUAUUUGACAUCAGUUUCUAAUGAGAGGCGCUUUAAAUGGCAUUUCAUUCAAACAGUGUAUGCAUUGAAAGCACGUGUUGUUUGGCGUAAACAUUGAAUGACAACAACUGUUUGAUCGCAAUAUUGAAAUCAAUGGGUAAACGAAAGCACAAGACAUCCGAUACGAUCAUAGAGACCAUCGAAGACAAAGUAUUGAAUAAAUAUCACAAAUACAAGAAAGAUAACCAUUUGGAUGUUAAAGACAACGAACAGACCAAUGAUGAACACAAGUUAGAUGAGACACAAACUCACGAUAAUAUCACUCAAACAGACAUCAAUAGUGCUGAAGAUAUAUUCAAGAAAUGCAAGAAAAUCAAAGAUGAAGCAACUAAAGAGGCCAUCAAAUUGAGGAAAAAGGCAAAGAAGUUGGCGAAACAACAGCCAACAAGUGAUAGUUGUGUCGAUCAAAACAACAGUUCCGAAGACAAUAGCAAAACUGGUAAAUGUCUUACUUCUGUCCAAUAUUUGAAAGAUUGGAAGUAUAGACCAGACUUUUGGAAGUUUAAGAAAAAUUUACAGAUUUGGCUCUUAAAGAAUUGGAAGUAUAACCAAAAAUUAAGUGACAAAGACUUUGAUUUGUUUUUAGAGUAUAUAUUUUCAGCUAAUAGUCAUUCAUUAGCUAAGAAACGGCUUGAAGAAGAGGCUAAGGCUAUCGUCGACAAAGAGAGUGUCACUGAAGAAACAGUCGAUAAGGAAAAGGUGGUCAGUAGUGACACAACUGUAGAUGAAAUCAUUGUCGAUAGGGCUCGUCGUGUACUUCAGUGUCUAUAAGUUGUAAAUUAAGAUAUUAUGGACACAAUUGAAGAACAAGACAUUUGGAGAUUUGAUUGUUGCUCUCGAUUUGAUUUUGGAGAUCCAGUGGUCAAUUGGUUUGUCAUUGUUUUUCUUGUUAUUUGUUUAGUAAUUGUUAAGUAUUUUGAGAAAAGGAGUUACCAUAAGUCAAAUUAUGAUAAACUUUAAUUUAUCGAUACAUUAUUUAUUUGACCAAAAUAUACACUUUUUUAAA